AUAUUUAUGGUGCGGAUUUGACGCUAUAUAAAACAUUCAGGGCUGGAUUAAACUCUUUCCGGUCUCGAGAGCUAUUGAUAAGGAUUAGCCCUAGCCACGCCCCUGGUUACCAUGGAAAUGUUCUGACAUUACAGAAUCAGAACAGUGACGUGGGACUGCUGAAGGGUUGAUCAUUUCUACUUUGGAGACGGUUCACACUUUCAGACUGAGACAAGCAGAGAGUCGAGCUGCUUCUUCUUCUUCUUCUUGUUUAAUGGUGAAUAACUCCUUAGGAUCAUUAUCGCCACCUACUGUACUGGAUGUGAACUGCCAUCUUUCAGAAAGAGGGGUGACUGACAUCGGCCUGAAGGUGCCCGCUCUCCGUGAGGCAUUCGCUACUCUGCUUGCCAGCAUCCACAACCAGGACUUCUUGUUCGUGGUGGGAAAAAGGAUUGUCAUGCGACUGGCAGCAGCUAACAACCAGGAUGUAGUUGGUGUGCUGUUGGCCUACGAGGCCCUGAUUCGAUUCCUGAGGACGUCUUCCAAUCAGGAAUCGAUUAAAGCAGAGCUCAGCUCCUGUGAUCACCACUACAACUUCCUGGAUGUUUUUUAUGAGCUGAUUCUCUUCGGCUGCUUUAUAAAUGGCUCAAAACCUCAGCCAUUUAAGGGAGGAUUCUUGGAGCGCCUGCUUGCGCUCUUCAGCAUGUGGGACGUGGACGUGUGGGAGCCUGCAGCAGAGCUGUACUUCACAGUGCUUAUUGAUUACCUUACAGAGCUUGUUGAAGUACUGUUCACUCAGCCUCUGGAGCUGACCAGUGACCCAGCAGCCUUAGCCACCACAGUUCAGCGACUCCUCAAGCUGCACGUCCAGCUGAUGAUGGACAUUUUGGAGGAGCUCUGAGCAAUGUCUUACCCCUUACCCACUUCAUCUUUUCUUCCACUUCAUUUCAUGUUCUUUUCUCUCACUUCUUUUUCCUACAUUGCUCAGACUCCACAUGUAAGUAUGAAUUAAUUUUAUUUCUAUUUUUGAUUAAAUUAAUAUUUUAAAAAUCUCUUCUCCUUUUUUACAGGUUUGUACAGUGAACCCCAGGACCUGAAGAAGGGCUUAGCCCUUAAGAUCAUUCUUCCCUUUUAAUUAAUCUGUCCCUUUUUAAUCAGUCCCUCUGUUCCUAUCCCUCUCCCCCUAUUCCCAUAAGUUAUUAUUAUAGAUAAUAUAUAGAUAAAUAGAAUUGUUUAUGAAUAAACUUAUUUGUAUAAUGAUUAUAUACUUUACCAUUUUAUGAUAUUACCUUCAUCUCGAUUUAUCACUUCAAUGUGGAGAUCCUUUCUUUUCUGCCAUUGUGUUUCUGUCUUUCUGUUAUAUACGUAAUGUCAUAUACACAUAUGCUAUAAUGUUAUUUGUUAUUUUCCACGUUUUAGUAAACCAUUUAAAAGUUGUGAAAUUCUUUAAAAAUGAUCUGUA